AGAGCCGGCUCCUUUCUCACUGGGGGUCUCGCAGCUCUUCCAUGGGCGACGAUCGGGCGGGCGAAGCGGCCUCCGAGGGGCCCUGCGGCGCCGUGGCCCUGCGGGUAGUGGCGGCGGCAGCCUGGCACGUGGUCCGCGGGCGCCGCUUCGCGGAUUUCCCGCGGGUCCUGACCUUCCUGGAGAACGUGGCGGAGGCGGCGCCGGAGCUGGUGCCCUUCCAGCACUUGGCCAAGCUGCGCCUGGGGCUGCAGGCCAAGAUUGUCAUGAACAUGUUGCAGGAAGAUCAGCCCCAAGGGAAAAUCUAUGAUGCUAUCGAUACCUACUUUCCAGAGAAUGAGGCGCCGCUCCACCAUUCCAAAGCAACAGCUAAGGACCUAGAGAUGGUACAAACAGCCCAAGAAAACUUCAGAAUUCUGAUACUGAGGUUGCUGAGUGACAGCAUGCAGAAGGAUAUAUAUGUGCAGAAAUAUCUGGAAACAGAUUACGGGGAAGCUUUUGUGAACGUGGUGGAGAAACUCUUCUGCGAUUAUCUCUGCCAGUUGGAACACGUCCUCCCGGAGCCCCAAUUCCAGAUGCUGUUGGAGGCUGCCAGCGUCCAAACCCCCAGCCAGCUUCCCCAACCCAGUGCCACCAUUCUAAACCAGUACUUCAGCGCUGUGGGAUACCAGCGGGCUGGCUAUGACGAACCUCCCCCCUCCCCUCCCCCUCCCUCAAGCGCCCCACGCCAGAGCGGGGACGAAGACCCCCAGACUCCGCCUCGCUCCCCACAGCCAGACAGGAGCCGAAGCGUGGACUCUCCUUCCUGCAUCUCAGAAGGGGAUUCGCACAGGCAGUCCUCGGAAACAACUGAAGAUCUGGUGCCAGAUUCCGAAAGCGAAGGAAGCACCUCACCUUUUCAGGGCGAAUACCGGGGUACCCAUCUCUGCACCCUCAUCCCCACUUUUCGGGAGCAUCUCAGGGAGAGCAGCAGCCAGUUGAAUAGUUCUCUGUUAUGAUUGACAUCUCCGGCGAUGCGGUGGUCCCCCUCACCCACCCCUCCAGCAAAAGACUUCCCGCAGUCCAGAACUUUGCCGACGGUUUGAAAACUUUAUUCCGAAAAGAAGCAAGAAAAGCUUUGAGGCUGGCCGGCGGAAGAGGAAUAGGGCAACGGAGUCCGUCCGUCUCGGGCCAAGACGACGGUCGAGCGGCCGACGCUUUUCUACAGUUGGUCUCGGAAACGGUUCACGAUGGGACGCAUGAGCCCUCCAGGCUCCUUUUGAGGACUGGAAUGUUUGAAAGCACCAGAAACAAAUAAAAAUUGAGUUUGCA